GUUGUGUGAGGAUCAGAUCGUGUCGUUCAACGCGAAUUACCAUCAGUAUGGUAAACAUGAUCUUUCGUAUUGCCUGCGUUACGUUUUUCGUGCAAUUUUGUGUUGCAGCACCGAGCAGGAGCGAUUAUGAAGAUUCACGGGAAAACUCUGUCGAUGGUGUAGGACAGCUGCAUCCGUUCGAUCUACUCAUUUUCACUCAACGAUGGCCGAUCACCGCUUGCUACGAAUGGCGUGAAACGGGCAAAGGCCAUAUAUGUAGUCUACCGACACCUGCAACCGUUUGGACAAUUCAUGGGAUCUGGCCGACGAAGUAUAAUACAAUAGGACCCGCAUUCUGUAACAAGUCGGCCAUUUUCGAUUUAUCCCAGCUUACAUCGAUCGAGCAGCAGCUCAAAGAGCAUUGGCUGAAUGUGGAGAAAAACAAGCCGGACGAUUCACUUUGGGAACACGAAUGGUUAAAGCACGGUACCUGUGCCGCCGAGGCCAUCGAGCAGCUGAGCACGGAAAAUAAAUACUUUAGCCAGGGUCUUACCUGGUUGGAGCAACAUUCAGUCAAUGCAGCUUUUGCCGCGAGUGGAGACAUUCAGCCCGGUUACAAUUACAGCCUAACGACGCUUAACAAGGCCCUGUUUGAUUAUUAUGGAAAGCAUGUAGCGAUCGAAUGUUUCUUUGAUCACAAUACACAUCUGCAGCUGUUGAACGAGAUUCGCAUCUGCUUCGACAAGCAGCUUCAAUCAGUGGAUUGUGACGGUAUUGUGGGCAUGCAACGUAUGACAAUAUCGAAUAACCGCGUUGGCACGGUGAUAAGUAACUGUAAUGUCGCAAACCCCAUCUUUUAUCCGAAUGCUGCGCCAAAAGAUAUGGGAGAGAAAGUGCUGGUGGAUCCCGCAGCAACGUACGAAACGAUUUUUGAAGCUACCGGCGAAUACACCGAUGGACAAGAUAAUGGUGAACAGCAAACGUACGAAGUUGUCGAGGUUAUUUUAGUUAAGCAUUAAAGGAUUUGCGAUCUGUUGAUCGUUGGGCUGGCAAGAAUGUAUGGUUGGUAAAGCACGAUUCAGAGGCCCGCCUGGAUUAAAUUAAAAUCUCGGCUGAAAUGUGCUUUUCUCGCAGGCAGGAUUAACCAUUUCAGUAAUAGAUAAUUCAAGUCCCAAAUAAUGAAAGCCCACAAACGGUUGGGAAGCAAAAUAAAUAGUUUUGUUAAUCAAUUGUAGCUAAAUAAAAUUGUUUGCACUAACGAAUGCAUUAAGAAUAUGGACUGAUUUUGAAAAGCGAUGAUAAAAAACAAAGAAAUUAAAUACAAUGAAGUUUGCUAAAAGACUUUGUACAGGAAGUAUUCAGGAAUGAUUAAGUGGAAAUACGCGGUCAUGCGGUUGUCAUAACUGACCAGAACCUUAGCAAAGGCCACCCAAAACAUGUGUUAGAUUUUGGUUUCGAGGUCUUGACAAUUAUCUCUUCCAUUCAAGAUGGAAAGAACUAUUAUUGAUUGUUCCGACAUUACGAAUAGCAGCUAGGACAAUGCGUCGAAAGUAAUUGCCAGACUGUUUUCGUAUUGACCGUUACAAAAAAUAAACUGAUAACGUUGUUAGCU